AAAGUGCUCUCUCGCGCUCUGCCUCCCUCCUCUCUCGCUCGCAGUCUGCGAGCAAUUGAGUCCAAGCGAGGAGCGGCGAGUUCCCCGCCUUGAGCAGCCAAAUCUUGGCGAGACAAUCCCGGCCGGAGGGGGGAAGCGAGAGCGCACGGGGCGGCGAGGCAGGAGAGGAGCCCCCAGAUCCAGCCCGAAAGAGACGGGUCGGCCCCGCGCUCCCAGGCAGCCAAGCCCACAGCCCGUCCCUCCGACCCGAAGGCAGCUUGGCCGGCAACUCCACAUACUAAACGAUUGGCAUCAGUGUGAUUUUUGGGCUAGCUGUGUCCACAGGGUAGCUUGCCCUGCCUAGCCGUUACCACCUGGCUGUGUUCUGAACACAUCACAACCAAAAAUGCAGCAGCAACAACAACAGCACCAAAUGUUCACAGCCGCCCUCUUGGCGUUCAUUUUCAUUCUGGCAGCCAUGAGUACUACUGAGGCUGGCAAAAAAGAAAAACCAGAGAAGAAAGUGAAGAAGUCCGACUGUGGUGAGUGGCAGUGGAGCGUGUGUGUACCCACCAGUGGAGAUUGUGGUCUAGGGACCCGCGAGGGCACUCGCACUGGAGCCGAGUGUAAGCAAACUAUGAAGACCCAAAGGUGUAAGAUCCCCUGCAACUGGAAGAAGCAGUUUGGAGCGGAGUGUAAAUAUCAGUUCCAGGCCUGGGGAGAAUGCGAUCUGAAUACUGCCUUGAAGACUCGAACUGGGAACCUGAAGAGAGCCCUUCACAAUGCUGACUGCCAGAAAAUUGUCACCAUCUCAAAGCCCUGUGGGAAGCUUACCAAACCUAAACCUCAAGAACCCAAGAAGAAGAAAAAGGAAGGCAAGAAACAGGAGAAGAUGCUGGAUUAAUAGAAGCCAUGCUGGGCAGCAGGAGAAAGGGACAUCAGCAAACGUGAUCAGUUAACAGUUUCAUUUACAUCUAGGCAAUUUACCCUAAAAUUAUUUAUAGCUUAAUUGUACAAUAGGAGGAAAAACACACACACACACACACACACACACCUUUUUUAAAAUGUUACUCUAGUAUUUUUUAAUGUAUAACCCUAACAACAUUUUAGAGGCCUGCAAUAAAGAACUGUAAUUUCAUUCAGAAAAUUAUUUCUAUGGUAUAUUGAACAAUGUAGACUAUUUUAAGGUAUUUUUUCCCUCAAGUCUUAUUUUAGAUGUCAAUCUGGAUAAGUUACUCCAUGCAGGCAGAACCUUGAGCCUCUGGAAGUCAGUGGGGCAGUGUGUGGGAGCAGGAGUCUGCCCACAUGCAGUAACGUGUAAGAUUCAGGCCUUGGGUCUGAAACAAACAGGACUUUUUUGGGGAUGGGGUGGGGAGGGGAAGUCUUGUCAAAACUAGAGAAUUGUGUGGAAACUGUCUGGGAUGGGUGGGAAGGUUUAGUAUUUGCUGGCAAAAAGUAAGAGGGGGUGGGACAGUAAGUAUUCAGUUCAAAAUACUACUGUUUAAAAUCUCAUUGUUUCUACCACUGGCACUUUAUUGGCAACAAGAAUGGUGAAAUCCUCUCUAGAAAGCUGGGGUAGGCAAAGUCCUCAAUUUUCACAGUGUGGCACUUGGCUGAAAAAGUGCUUGUCAUAGUGAAACAUCAUCAAAACUCUCCUUUUGUUUUCAUGAAAAAUUCAAAGUAACAGAGAAAAAUGUUUCCCUCUCUUUACCUGAAAUCCUGCAAAAAUACCUUCACCCCUCUCUUCCCCAGCAGGGGAAUAUCCUUUUCAUGCAGUCUUGUUGGAAGCAUUGGGUUUUUGCCUUACCCAUCUCCCAGUGGUGUCAGUGCGAGCCUUCCUAUUGAUUUUAAUUGGAACUGGUUGAGAAAUAGUAUUUAACAGAAAAAAUUGAAAUACAUGUUUUUUUUUUUUAAAUGGUCAUGGAAUUUUUCAGGUUUUUCCAGAAAACAAAAAUGGAAAAAAAUUGUUUUUUUGAAACAAAAAAACAUUUUUUUUCAUUCACCCGCUUCCUCUCCCCUUUUCUUUUAUCCCAUUAGAAAAAAGGGAAAGUGAAAACCAAGAAAGGUUUUGUUUUUUUUGUUAAAACUUGGAAAAUUUCAAUCAAAAUAAAAUUUUUCUGUGAAAAAUUUCAUUUAAAAAGUAUUUUGUGGAGGGAAAAUGUUGAUUGAAAAAAAAGAUUGACCAGCCCUAAUUUUAAUAGAUAUUGGAUCUGUCCUUUUCUUGAGGGUACAGGAGGGCUGAUCAUUUCUUAUUUUAGCCCACUAUUUCAAUUGACUGUGAGGCCUAGGGAAAAGGCAUCUGUUAUAUGAGUGAAAGUGCUACCCAGCUGGCUCCUGGAAAGUCCCAUAAAAGGGCUACACUGGGGAGAAGACUGGUUUUUCAGUCAAAACAACAUUUAGAUUAGGAGUUUAAGGAAUUUCAGUGCCCAAAUGCCAUUGGAUUUGCAUUUGAAAAUCCCAACCUUCUAGUACAAGGGAUAGGAUUUGGCUGCAUAGGAAAGCAGGAAUUUUUGCAGGGAAGUCCUAUGGCCUUUGUUACGCAGGUCAGACUAGAUUAUCACAAUGGUCCCCUUUCAACUUAAAAUAUAUGAAUCAAUGAGAACCUGCCGACAUCAGUGGUUUUGCACUUGGUGUAGGGGGAGUCCAUCUGAACAGAUCACGCUACAGGAUUGGGGCAUGGCUUGUAGAAAUGGUGGAGCUUCCUUUCCUCACACUAACACACUAAAAUCCCACCACCACUGUAUCAAAUAAACUCCAGGCACAUCCUCUUUGUGCUCCCCCAGGUUCUGGAAUGGAAAGGAUGCUUUAGGCUAUGUCUUGCAAGGCAGAAGUUCUCAAACUGCUCUCCGGAGCUCUCCUUCACCCCCUGCAUCCUGUAACAGUGUGAGACACAAGCAGUUGCUGGAAAGGAAGGUGGUUCCAGGAGGGAAGAGUUUCUUUCACUCAAAGGCUUGCCAACACACAGACGUGCACAGCUUACUAAGGCUUGGUUUACACUUAACACUUAUGCAAGCAUAAGUAUGUUGGCCAGGAGUGUGAAAAACACAUGCUCCUGGUUGGACAUAGCUAUGCCUACCACAUCCCCAGUAUAGAUGCAGCUAUGCCAACACAAGAGUGCUUCUGUGAGCAUAGCUACUGUUAUAUGGGGAGGUGGGGUUCUUAUGUCGAUGGAGUUCUCUUGGUCUACACUGGGGGGCUAUGCCCAUGUAGCUAUGUUGGCAUAGGCUUUGUAGUGGAGACAUAGCCGAAAGAUGUGAUGUUGCCCCAAUGUAGUGAAACUGGUGCAGCUUUGCAUAUGGACGCUCUUAAAACAUUUUAAACCUGUCUUACCUUGGUGUAGCUUGCCUCUAUUAAAUGAGGAGCUGUCAGGAGUUGAUAAUGCUGCAGAUAGAUGGCCUCAUUUUCCUCUGAUAUAUACUGGACUAAAAGUUUUAUAAAGAGGACUACUCUCCCCUUCCACCUGUAAGGGGUUAGAAGUGGAUGUGAGUGGCCCGCUUCAGGAAUGGUUUCCCGUCUUCAUUUGCUACAGCUAUAAUAUGGCGCUGAGGGAAUGAUAAGUAUCCCUAAAAUAACAUGACCUCCUAGGGACACUCAAAACCAGUAGAGAGAGAUGAAAUGCCAUGCUUUGGCUUGAGAUGCAUCUGAGUGCGAACCCUGGAUUCAAACACCUGCAAAUUUGGGGACGUUGGGAUCUAGAUUCAGAUCCAGAUUCUGUGGCUUGGGAUGCUGCCUAGUUUUAACAUUGCUCCUGACAGAAACACCCCAUGCUGAAAGGGAGGCCCCUUUUUGUAACACGAACACUGUGUCACCCAGCAAUCAGGAUCAUCUAAUGAUGUUGUGCCAUUCCUUCCAGAUCUACUCUUCAGGGGAGAGGGAUGUUGCAAUUUUGAGAACCAUAAAAAUCAGCAAUCGGAAGCAGCAGUUUGCUUGGGCUCCUGGUUCAGAAUAGCUAGGUGCCAACUCAGAAAUCAUUCUAUUAACACCACUUGUGUCCACUUCUCGUGUCUCUUUCUCUCUGUGGAGCAGGAUUGACGUGGGAAUUGGGUGGAAGUUUUGCUUCUGUGCUUUCUUUGAAUUGUGCAUUAACUGCAACUAAAUGAAUAUGGAGCAUCACUAAAAGCACAAGUGACAUGCCUGGGAAAUGAAGUCCCUCUGAGCUGACCAUUAGCAGGGAAUAUAAAAAGAAAGGAGUAAUAUGAUCAUCUUCAUAGCUACAAGAAUUCAAGUGGUGUUGAUGCUGAUAGGAGAAAUCGUAACAUAUUUCCCUCACCUUGGUGCAUAGCUAUUCCUUCAUCGUUUGGCCUCCAGUGAUAGGCAAUUCAAAUAAAGCAUGGUGCAUUAAUUGAUAAUGAUCCAGGGGAGAAUGAAAACAGCCACCUAACAUGCAAUAUCCCAGCACUAAGCAGGCUCUUAGCCCGAGUGACGGCCUGAUAGAUACUUCCAGUUUGUGUAGGGGAAUUCCUUCAAGUACUAUCAGAUUACUUUGUGAUUGUUAUUAGGAUUAAAAGCUAUGGGGUGAAAGCAGCUGUUCUCUUCUUUCUGCAUUCUGGCUAUCUCUGUGUGUCAGUAUAUCACAUGAUUUGUGUCUUCUGAACUGAAGUGUUGCUGAAAUUGCUCUGCAUCGACAUCAACUUAUGUAAACCUGCCAAGUCUUUUUUAGUGAAAUAUUUGAUCAGCUCUGGCUUUUCAACAGAAACCUCCCAGAGCCGUCCACAGUGGAGAAAAAGGAGGGGAAGGGGAAUCUCCCUUUCCAUUCUUUAAGCCCUGCGAGGGGGCAUCUCCUGUGAACCUGCAAUAGUUUUCCAGGGGUUAUUCUCUCAAAAGGAGCAUUCCCCCACUAAAUUUUGACAAAGUUGGAGGGUUUCCCUUUGAGCUCCUCAGACUUUUAUGGUUCUCAGACUUCUGAAGGCAUUGCUGGGGCUCCUCUCCAAACCUGAGCAAAUGGUGGUUGGAGGUUUGAAACUGCAAUAGCAUUUUUGGCCAGAGGUGGGGAGGGGGAGAAGAAGAGCUCUUGUUGAGAGCGAUCCAAAGGUCACCUCUGAAUGCAGCCACAAGCCUAUCACUUCCUGCCCCAGAAAUCUCUAGUUCUCCCUACUCGGCCCCUUCAUCCCACAGCAGCAGGUCACAGCACUCAAAAAUCUCUCUUUGUUUAUUCCUGGCUCACAGACCUAUAGGCUAUGGUGGAUCAUUGGAUGCUUUUUUGCCCAUUUUGUGAGUCCUGCACAAAAUUAAGUUGAGAAUUAAUGGGACUCUGGAAUUAGGAAGAGGCUGUCCAAAUUACAUGAGAAGAUGGGCUUUUUGGUGAAGCCCUUUCCUCACAAGUCUUCUCUAGCUGAGGGCUUUCUGGUAGAGUGGAACACAUCAUAUGCAAUGAAAACUGGGGACUCCAAUGUAAAGGAGAACCGCUUCAAACCCACAAGGCCCCCUUUUCAAGUUAAACUGGGAAAACAGUGGAGAUCACCCUGACAGCUUCAGUGGGGUUAAGGAUGAGGGGAUAGAACUUAAAGGGUGGUCAGAAACUGUGUGAAGAAGUUAUGGCUUGCAGAAAUAAACCCUUAUUCAUUACUCUUUAGCAUUAAGCCUUCCUGGUGUUUUCCUUUGUCUAUAGAACUCCUUAAAGUCAAAAGAGGCCCUGAGUCCAGUUGGUUUCUUCCAGCCUUUGACUUCUUGAAUGCUGAAUGAGCCGCCUAUGAUGCAACUGUACCCACAGUUCUCUUAUUAAAUGUCUGACAAAGAGCUUCCUAUUUUCAAAAGCAAUUGCCCAUUUCAGGCUUUGGUGAAGACCGAAGAGGUGUUCCCCAAUCAAAGCCAGUUCAAAAGGCCAUUUACAGUUCUAAAUAGGAUAAGAGAAGUUUGCAGAGAGAAGGCUGCAGCUUUGAAUUCCAUGAGGUAAAGGUAAGAAAAUUUACAGCCUAUGCUUCCUAUCCAUACUUACCUUCCUGUAAUUAAUUAUACAGCCUGAAUCCCCUCAUCCUAAUCUGUCUGGCAACAAGAAUCUAUCUGGUUUCCCCCAGUGAAUCGUUACACUUUCAGUGUGGUAAUUAUGUGAUUCAUUCAGACUUUCCCAGUUGGAGGGGAAUGGCUUUGACUCUUCAGAGAUUUUUUUUUUUUUUUUUGGUCAUCGAUGGGUCUUAACAGAAAAGCAGGAUACUACUAAUGCUUAGAGCUAGAAAUUGGCAAAUGAGGAUGUCACUAAGCAGGCACAACACCUUUCUAGAACAACAGUUUAUAGAAACUACAAAGAGUGACUCCAUGAUUCAAAAUGUAUCUUAAAAAAAUUGUGGCACCAAUCUAAAAUAAUAAAAAUAGAAAGGGUCCUUUCCCUUGUGUAAUGAAUUACACCUGGGCAAAGUGAGCACAAUGACUUCACCAGAUACAAGCCAGCAGAGAAUCAUGGCCAGCAACUCUAUUGUUUUAGAGCCAAGAGUAGUUAAGCAGAGUGCAAAACAUUCUUCAAAACAAAGGCUAAGAUCUCUGUCUCAGAAUGAUGUUCUCUUCUACCACCACCAAGUAAAGGGAAAACCAUAGUGGCCUGCCCUGUCCUUGCUGCAACUUCCUAGGAGAGGGAUCCAGUCAGAAGUGUUUGAACAUAGGAACCGGGGAUGGGGAGGAAAGGAGGAUGGUUUAUGUUGCUGCAAAUAAAAUAAAACCCUCCCAAUCCCUGUAGUUGUGGUAUUAAAAAUGUAAACGGGAAUGAACAUUAAAAUAACGAAUUACAGGCUGAAUAUUGCACUCAAUGAAUUUCUAAUUAUGUACAUAAAACCUUACCUUAUCUGAUGUCUUCUCAUGGGUUCUUUCCUUUUCCUUUUCUCUUUUGUUUUUGUUUUUUUAAUUUGUAUAUUGAUUUUGUAAGCUAGCUGUGUGUUAUCUUUUUGAUAUUUUUCAAACUUGUAUGAAAGCCAUAUAUACACAUUAGAGGAUGAAAGCAUUAAUCCUGUAACAUUCCUUAAUGAUUCCCUUAACUUGGCAGGAUCGUGGGAGGUCCUAGAGAAUGUAUAUGUUUACUGAUUGUAUCAACAUAAUUUACUUGCUCUUAGUGGAGAUGAAGAUGUUAAAUAAACUAAUACACAGAG